AUGGAUCUGGGAGAAAGGGAGCGGCCAUCUCGAGGGGUCAAGGUGGGGCAGGGGUUUUUGAGUCUGUUUGCCCACAAAAAAGAUGAAGAAAAUGGGGAAGACUGGCCGUGUCAGCGGGAUGUAUGUGGUGCCAAGGAGCUGGCAUUCCUAUUGGAGCCCAGCGACGUCAUCGCUGUGCGGGAUCGACCGCUGAUGCUGGACUGCCGGGUGGAGGGCGAGGGUACCAUCUCGAUCACGUGGCGCAGGAACGGGGUACCCGUGGUUGUGGAGGAGCGGGUACAGGUGCUGCCCAACGGGACCCUCUUCAUUCAGAGCUUCCAGAAACGACUAGAGAGAGGCGGAAGUGAGACGGACGUUGGAGAGUACGACUGCGCCGCCCAGAACCGCUUUGGCAUGCUGGUCAGCCGCAAGGCCCGGGUUCAGCUUGCAUUUCUCCCUAAGUUCCAUACCCACCCAGAGUCUAUGUCAGUGGACGAUGGCGGUGUGGCUCGCUUCAAGUGCCAGGUCAACAGUGUGCCUGAGGCCAACAUCACCUGGGAGAGGGACAGAAACCCACUCAGUACCACCGACAACAGGUACACUCUCCUGCCCAUGGGUAUCCUCCAGGUGACUGGUGUGAGGCGGAUCGACGCCGGGGUGUACCGUUGUGUGGCCUCCAACAUCGCCAACACACGCUUCAGCCACGAGGCUGUGCUCAAUGUGACCGGUGGGGCUUCCAGGAUCUACAAGGAGCCAGUUAUCCUCUCUGGGCCCCAGAACCUGACCAUCACUGUCCACCAGACAGCCAUUUUGGAGUGCAUCGCCACAGGGAAUCCCCGGCCCAUCGUGUCUUGGAGCAGGCUGGAUGGGCGCUCCAUCGGGGUGGAGGGCAUCCAGGUGUUGGGCACUGGAAACCUGAUGAUCUCGGACGUGUCGCUGGAGCACUCAGGGGUGUACGUGUGCGCCGCCAACCGCCCCGGGACCAGGAUGAGGCGUACCGCACUGGGAAGACUGGUGGUUCAAGCUCCCCCUGAGUUCAUGCAGUGGCCGCAGUCUGUCUCGAAACCAGCGGGGGGCAGUGCUGUAUUCACCUGUGUGGCCCAGGGGGUCCCUGAGCCUCACCUCAUCUGGCUGAAGAAUGGCAAGAUCCUGAUGCCCAGCGACAACGUCAAACUCACCAACAACAACAGCACCCUGGCCAUGACGCGCAUCACCUCGGAGGACGAGGCCAUCUACCAGUGCAUCGCUGAGAACAUGGCAGGCACCAACCAGGCUAGCGCCCGUCUGGCUGUGUCCCUGGCCAAGGAUCUGCCCGACUCCCCCCAGGGCCUCACGGCCACAGCCCUCUCCCCCAGGGCCCUGCAGCUCACCUGGAUCCAACCGCCAGCCGAGAUCACCGACGGCAUAAUCGGCUAUGUGCUCCACAGCCGCAAGAUCGGAGAGCCGGACAACAGAGAGCUGCAGGAGGCAGUCAGUAAAACCACCUUCCAGCACAACUUUAUCAACCUGGAGCCAGCCACCACCUACUCCAUCUACCUCAAGGCCUACUCCCCACUGGGCGCCAGCCAGCAGUCCAGCACUGUGGUGGCUACAACACUAGGGGGCGUGCCCACUCCCCCUACCUUCUUCACCAAGGUGGUGAACUCCACUGCGGUCCAGGUGCUAUGGGAGCUCCCCAGCAAGCCUGGCAAGGCAGAGGGCUUCAGGCUCACCUACCGCAGGGUCCCGCACACCAACUUCCAAGAGCCAGUUCAGUUCCCCUGCCAUGUCAAUGCCCACACCAUCUCCCGUCUUGAAACCGGAGCGGUGUAUGAAGUCAAUCUAGUGGCCUAUAACGGGAACGGCGAGAGCGGUUGCUCCAAGAGGCUGGUGUCACUGACAGAAGAGGGCACCAACGCCAAAACCGGCGGUGGGGAGAACCAGUGUAACUGUAUACAGGAUGGCGAGGGCUCGAUGGGCGGUAUCGUGGUUGGCAUUCAUAUUAGCAUGGCCUGCAUCAUCUUCUGUGUGCUCUUCCUCAUGUUUGGAUACCGUCGCAGUAAAGGGACUCAGGACAGCUGGUCUGUGCCAAGGGGGGAGGACCGGGGACACCUGGGACAAAACGGGAUCCCCAAAGAGGGGGUCACUCGUCCGGCAGAAGUCGCCCUCAAGUUAGUGCCUCAGAGUCGUGACUCCACAUCUCAGGGAGGGGCUCUGGUGCGUCCAGCCCAAUGCCAGGUCCUCAUCGAGCAGCACUUGUCUGGUCUGCCUGGGACGGGCACUGGCUAA